GGGGGAGGAAUGGCAGAUUUUAUCGCCUUCCGGUCGAGGCCAACAUAUGUGUCAGGCUCCUCCAACGAGAGAGCGAAGAGGAGCAACUUGACACCGCAGAUGUCUAGAGCACGUGCUCUUAGGGAGGGGAGUAAACGUUCUUUUUCUACCCGAAAAAUCUCAUCCUUAUCACCCUAUUGGUUACGUUUCUCACGUGACGCUCAGACAACCCGAAAGUUUGCUUAAACGUCACGAAAAAACCCUACACGCAAGUCGUGAAGAGAAUAAGGCAGAGCUCGACUACAACAGGAGUAGAGGAAUGUGAAACCGUCAUUCAGUUAACGGUUCCGUUGCGCGUGCAAUUAGGAACCACAAAGUUAGAAAGUCGAGCAUGAGCUCCUACUUUACUAACUCCACUUACCUCCCGGAUAUACGAAACAAUCACAAUGGAGAACAUUAUAAUAAUCAAGGACAACAGCCUACAACUGGAGAACCCUGCGAUCAAACUCAAAGACAGUACCUUCAACCCCAAUACGCAUCAUCUCCAGCUCAAGGUGCUACAUACCCACGUUUCCCACCUUACGAUCGAUUAGAAAUUAGGCCCAUCGCCGCCAACCCGGGAUCCCCGAGCCCACCUGGUCAAUAUUAUGGUAACCAUUGUGGACAACAGCCACCUUCUCAUCCUCAGCAGCAGCCACAACAACAACAACACGCACCACUCAAUCAUCCCAAUGCCUAUGUGCCGCAGGAUGGUGGACAAAAUUGUCGUGGAUCACCCAACGGUCACGUUUCCUCCAAUCAACAGUAUUCUAGUUGCAAAUUACAGGGGCAACAACCCCAUCCUCAACCACAGAUGCAAGACUGUGGUCCCCCUGCACCUCCUCCUCAUAUGCCGUGUCAGAAUCCCACGGGGCAGCAAAAUAUGUAUAAUGCACCUAAUCAUAUGCACCAAUCCAAUCAACCAAACCAACUACACACGCAGACUUCGAGUACAAUGCCUAGUCCUUUGUAUCCAUGGAUGAGAAGUCAAUUUGAAAGGAAAAGAGGGAGGCAGACAUACACCCGUUACCAAACAUUGGAAUUAGAGAAAGAAUUCCACUUUAAUCGAUACUUAACCCGGAGAAGAAGAAUCGAAAUAGCUCACGCCCUUUGCUUAACCGAACGACAAAUCAAGAUCUGGUUCCAAAACAGAAGAAUGAAGUGGAAAAAGGAGAACAAAGCCAAACUGGAAGCGGGACUUUCAAUGGGAGGACCUACACCUGAAUUAACACUGAACAAUGAUUUAGCAUAAGAAAAAAAAAAGUGAAAUAUUCUGUACAUAAAUUGUGCUUAUGUUUAAUUGGUGAAUGAACGUGGAAACAAAAUACGAAUUUUCCAGCUUUGUUUACCUCUUUUUUAACACUGGAAAACACAAUUAAAGAUCUCCCCUUAAAAUCGACGAGAAGAACAAAGUAAAGUAAAAUUCAUUUGUGAUUUUUUUUUCCUAUAGGCUAUAUAUAUAUAUAUAAAUAUAAAUAAUUAAAAUAUUCUUCUGUUGUUUAAAUAUAUAUUUAUUUGGAGUACAAUACAGGCUUUGUACAGGGGGAUAGACAAAUUUGUAUCCCUCCUCCCUCUUAUAUUUGUUUUUUCUGUACGAGUGAUUGUGUGAUUAUCUUAUAAGGAACUGAUUUGUCUGUCCCUUUAUUGUGUUUGAGAGUGGAAAAAAUCCCUGUGUUUUUAAUGGUUUAAAAUUGUCGAUAUGAGGCCUCCCCUUUACUUAAAUUAGUGUGUAACGAUGGAGUAACUGUGACAAAGGAAUGGUAACAACAAAAGGGAAAAAGGCCCAUAAAACAAUUUAGAAAAGGGAGUGGUGUUUGGAAAGGAAAAAAAAAAACUUGAAGCUACUAUUCCUUCUUAAAUACUAGGCAAAUUGAGCCUUAAUAUUCCCCAAAAUAUACGUAAAUAUUAUACUAUUCAAUACCCCGUAUACGACGUUCAUAUAUAGCCUAUAUAUAUAUAUAUGAAGUCUAUUUUAAAAUUUUGCCUACUUUUAUAGCCUGAAUAGCCUGAAGAGUGUUUAAGCUUUUUAAGGCUCAAUUUUUAAGAUAAAAAAAAACAGUAUUAAGAAUAAGGCCCUGUCGAGGAGGGGAAACGUUAACAUCAAAGUACUGAAAGACUGGUACUUAAAAGGGGGCCUUUUUUUACAUUAUAUAUAUAUACAGGCCUGUGACCAAAGUGAUGGAUGAUAUUAAACAAAAUUUAUAUUAUAAAUAAUGCAAAGAAGAAAAACAAACUCAGGAGAGAUCAUACUCAUGAUGACGAUGCCAUCAAAGUGUGUAUAGUUAGUCAUUUUUUUUUUUAAUGUUGUAGUAUAAAUGUGCAUGUUUGUAUGUACAGUACACUGUUAUGCCCUGUUUAUAGCACUUUGGGGCACAUUUAUUUAUCCUCGUCUGUGUAAUGUAGUGUCAAAAAAUAAGAAAAAAAAAACACAAGUUUUUUUCCUUCUCUCUCUCGUACCAAUAAAAGCAAAAAAAUGUU